GGAUAUUUUCCAGCGCCGAGGGGACCCCUGAGCCCGGCUGGGAGAACUCCAUGCAGCAGGACGGGGCAGAGGUUCCCCCCAGCACAGCCGACCACUAAUUCCCAGAACAGCCCCACAGCACCUACCUGGACUGCCUGGGCCGGGCUCUGAGGACUGGGAGCACCGAGGAUGGGAAGAUCCCGGGUUUUCCCCCAUAACCACUGUCUGCUCGUGCUGCUCCUCGCCGAGCUGAGCCUCGCCCAGUACGAGCACUGGCCCUACCUCCCUGGCUACCCCGAGCCCCCUCCCCAGGAGUACCAGCCCCCCCCGAGAGCGGCUGACGUGCCCAAAAUCCAGCUGAGGCUGGCGGGGCAGAAGAGGAAGCACAACGAGGGCAGGGUGGAGGUGUUCUACGGCGGCGAGUGGGGCACCGUCUGCGACGACGACUUCUCCAUCCACGCCGCCCACGUGGUCUGCAGGGAGCUGGGCUACGUGGAGGCCGUGUCCUGGCUGCCCAGCUCCAAGUAUGGCAAAGGAGAAGGGAAAAUUUGGCUGGACAAUGUCCACUGUACUGGCAAGGAGAGCACCCUGGCAGCCUGUACUUCCAAUGGCUGGGGAGUGAGUGACUGCAAACACACCGAGGACGUGGGAGUGGUCUGCAGUGAAAAGAGAAUCCCUGGCUUCAAGUUUGACAACUCAUUGAUUAAUCAAAUAGAGAACAUGAACAUCCAGGUGGAGGACAUCAGGAUCAGGGCCAUCCUGGCCACCUACCGCAAACGGGUCCCCGUCACCGAGGGCUACGUGGAGGUGAAGGACGAGGGCACCUGGAAGCAGAUCUGUGACAAACACUGGACCAUGAAGAACUCCCGGGUCGUCUGCGGCAUGUUCGGGUUCCCCAGCGAGAGGAAAUACAACACCAACGUGUACAAGAUGUUCGCCAGCAGAAGGAAGCAGCAUUACUGGGCUUACUCCAUGGACUGCAGCGGGAGCGAGGCCCACAUCUCCAGCUGCAAACUGGGCAACCACCUGGCCGUGGGCGCGGGGAAGAACGCGACGUGUGAGAACGGGCUGCCCGCCGUCGUCAGCUGCGUCCCCGGCCGGGCCUUCGCCCCCAGCAGCCACAGCGGCUUCCGAAAAGCCUUCAGGCAGGAGCAACCACUGGUGAGGCUGAAAGGAGGAGCCAACACGGGCGAGGGACGAGUGGAAGUGCUGAAAAACGGGGAGUGGGGGACGGUUUGCGACGACAACUGGAACCUGGUGUCGGCCAGCGUGGUGUGCCGGGAGCUGGGCUUUGGCAGCGCCAAGGAGGCCAUCACAGGAGCAAGGCUGGGCCAAGGGAUGGGCCCGAUCCACCUGAACGAGAUCGACUGCACAGGCUUUGAGAAGUCAGUCACGGACUGCAAGUUCAACACCGAGUCCCAGGGCUGCAACCACGAGGAAGAUGCUGCUGUGAGGUGCAACGUCCCCGCCAUGGGCUUCCAGAACCAGGUGAGGAGCCGGGUGAUCCAGGUGCCAGGGAAUGUUUGCCAGGUGUCUGCACGCUGGGGCCUCACCUGCCAGGGCACAGCACUGGGAAGGAAUCAUUUCACCCGAGAGGCCAUGAUGGUGUGCUGGCAGCUGGGGCUGGGCUUUGCCAGCCACGCCUUCCAGGAAACCUGGUACUGGCACGGGGACGUGAGCGCCGACAGCGUGGUCAUGAGCGGGGUCAAGUGCUCGGGGACGGAGAUGUCGCUGGCCCACUGCCGGCACGACGGGGCCCACGUGUCCUGCCCCAGGGGAGGGGGCAGGUUUGGAGCUGGGGUGUCCUGCUCAGAGACCGCCCCCGACCUGGUGCUGAACGCGGAGCUGGUGGAGCAGACGGCCUACCUGGAGGACAGGCCCAUGUUCAUGCUGCAGUGUGCCCUGGAGGAGAACUGCCUGGCCAGCUCUGCUGCCAACACCUCCAUCACCUCGGGGUACCGGCGCCUGCUGCGCUUCUCCUCCCAGAUCCACAACAACGGCCAGUCCGACUUCCGCCCCAAGAACGGCCGCCACGCCUGGGUCUGGCACGACUGCCACCGGCACUACCACAGCAUGGAGGUUUUCACCCACUACGACCUCCUGAACCUCAAUGGGACCAAGGUGGCCGAGGGACACAAAGCCAGUUUCUGCCUGGAGGACACGGAAUGUGAGGCAGAUGUGCAGAAGCAGUACGAGUGUGCCAAUUUUGGGGAGCAGGGGAUCACCGUGGGCUGCUGGGACGUGUAUCGGCACGACAUCGACUGCCAGUGGAUCGACAUCACCGACGUCCCACCCGGAGAUUACCUUUUCCAGGUCGUCAUCAACCCCAACUACGAAGUGGCCGAGUCGGAUUAUUCCAACAACGUGAUGAAGUGCCGGAGCCGCUACGACGGGCAGCGCAUCUGGAUGUACAGCUGCCACAUAGGUGGUUCCUUCAGCGAGGAAACGGAGCAGAAAUUCGACCACUUCAGCGGACUCACAAAUAACAGAGUGGCCACCCGGUAAUGGGACCCCCCCUCCCCACUAUUUAAAGAAGGCAGGACUCCUGCCUUGCUCCUUCCCAAACCACUGCACCACCAGGAAAUCGAGGAAACGCUCCAGCUCCGAAUCUCCAGGUGAAUUCUCUCCUGCAGACGCCUUCGCUCCCCAGCCCUCCUGCGGCCCCGGAGCCCCAAACCCUCCUUGGCUCCGUGUCCUCCCCGCUCCAACCUCCUCCAAAGGUUCCUCCCUCCACUCUGUGUCCCCUCACAGCCGCCUUGCCUUCGUUUGGGCGCCAACAACCCCAAAAAGUGGCUUCACCCUUCGCUCUCAAGGCCUUGAUUUGGCAUCUCCAAGCUCUUUUCCACGCACCCAACGUUUGUGCUGCUGCUUCUUGCACAGCUCCUCCUCCUCCUCCUCAGACUCCAGCUCAGCAAACAAAUACAAAGAAAGGAAAGUGAAAAAAAAAAACAAAACCACACACACACACACAAAAGAAAAAAAAAAGGGGGGAAAAAAAAAAGGAGCAGCUUUUUUUUUUCCGAGCAGAACAGUGUAAAGCAUAAUUUAAUUCCGCAGCGAAACUCUCGGGUCCAACAGUCCAACCCAGCGGCCUCUGGGAGAGGAGCAGAACAGAUUCCAAGAUUCCAACAGAGCAUUGGAGCUCCCUGGAGCUCCUCCACCCGCCUCGGACACCCAGAACUUUGCAGGUUCCUGGCGGUGAGGCCGCUGGAAACUGGGAAUUCCCAUCCCAACAUCCACCCCAUGAACUCCACACCCGCCCAGCUCUCGCCUCCCAGGCUGGACAUCCCCCGUCUUCUCUUCCAAGGAUGAAUUAGUUUUUUUAAGGCAUUGUCUCCUGGCUUUUCCUUACAGAGGGAAUUCCUGGCUCUCAUCCCCAGGGAUCUGCACCGGCCCCACUGGAAAUUCAUGGUGCUACCCCCGUGCUCCUCUGUUUGUUUGAGGACACACCUCGCUCCACAUCUCCAGGCACAGCUACUUGAAUAAAAACCUUUUGACCCAGAAAAAAAAAAACAAAAACAAAACCAUACAAAAAAAAUGGUUUAAAUGCCAC